AAGGUGGCAGCGGCAGUCAGUGUUGGGGGGCGGGAGAUCCUGUUCCGCCUUCCUGGGGCUCACGGGCUGCGACACCUGAGCCCAGGGGCCCAGAGACAAGCUCGACCCUGCCCCGGGCCCUCCUGCCCAGAACAGAGGUCGGCAGACAUUGUGUUCUUCCGUCCCAUGAUUACAGAUUGAGUAAACUGAGGCCUUGAGAAAGGGAAGGGCUCCCACGAGCUCUCCUUUCCAAUCAGAGUUCACCCUGACGCCCGUUCUGUCCCCUGUGCGGGGCCGCCUCUCUUUUGUGCGAGUGUAUUUAACGAGUUUGCCCCCAGUGGAGAGGCCGAGGCCGAGCGUGGUGAGCAGAGUUGGGCUGAGAGUAAGAGAACUGGGUUCGACACUUUUCACUAUCGACAGACAGUUGUGCGUUCUGGGUCAAAUCCCUUCCCUGUGCUGGACCUCAUUUGUAAAACGGGGCAGUGUUUCUCAGUAUGGUUCUCACGCCAUCUGCUUUGAAAUCCCCUGGAAUGCCGGCUUUACAGUGUGAAACUCAAAUAAGACAUGUUUAGAAUCUGGGUAGGAACCUGGAAAGCUGCGUUUUGAAGUAUGCCUUGAGGGUCCUAUACAUACUGAUGUUUGAAGCUCAUUGAUCUUAAGUGCCUUCCUGCUGUGAAUACUAGACGUUCAUUCUUCGCUUAGAGGCAGCUGCAGCCAGUUCAGGAACUUUGGAGGAAAUGGCAUGUUUAGCCCAGAAAAGUGAGCACUGGAAGAGAACUGUGCUUAAAAACUGAAAAAAUUGGUAUGGCGAAGAGGGCUUCCACUUCAUCUUUGGGGCUGAAAGAGGCAGAACUAAGACUAAUAGGUGGAUUCUACAGGAAGACAAGUUUUUACUUAAGGGAAGACUCGUCAGAGAUGACCAGCGAUGGAAUGGAUAGCCUCCCGGUCGAAGGAGGUAUACAGGAUUUCCCUGGGGAGAAUCUUCACUCAGAGCUUUGCUGACAGCCAAGGAUGGCAAGCAAAGGGCCCUCAGCCUCUGCAUCCCCUGAGAACUCCAGUGCAGGGGGGCCCAGUGGAAGCAGCAAUGGUGCUGGGGAGAGUGGAGGGCAGGACAGCACCUUCGAGUGUAAUAUCUGCCUGGACACAGCCAAGGACGCCGUCAUCAGCCUCUGCGGUCACCUCUUCUGUUGGCCAUGUUUACAUCAGUGGUUGGAGACCAGACCUAACAGACAGGUAUGCCCAGUUUGCAAAGCCGGCAUCAGCCGAGACAAGGUCAUACCACUCUACGGCCGGGGCAGCACUGGGCAGCAGGACCCCAGAGAGAAGACCCCUCCACGUCCUCAAGGACAGAGACCAGAACCAGAGAACAGAGGGGGAUUUCAAGGAUUUGGAUUUGGAGAUGGUGGCUUCCAGAUGUCUUUUGGAAUUGGGGCAUUUCCCUUUGGGAUAUUUGCCACGGCAUUUAACAUAAAUGAUGGGCGGCCUCCUCCAGCUGUCCCUGGGACACCCCAGUACGUGGAUGAGCAGUUCCUGUCACGCCUCUUCCUGUUCGUGGCCCUCGUGAUCAUGUUCUGGCUUCUGAUUGCCUAAUGAUGGGCUUCUGCCUACAUUCUCGGCAGGGCCUCUGGACUGGUGAUGUGCCACUCCCCACUCCUGUUGUUUGGCUUCCUGGCUGAUGCUGUGACCCCUGGAAUCAGUGGGGUCAGUAAUACGUCAAGGAGUCUUGCUUCUCCAUCAGAGCUUUGGAACUCAAGACCAGUUGGCAAGCACCCCCAAGUGUUGCCACUGCUGUAAACACCCUCCUGUAACAUCAGGCCUUGGUGUUGAGUCCUCUCUUAUGGAUGACACCAUGAAAUUCUGUUCCAGCCAGCUCAGCAGGUCCUGGCUCUGAAAAGGGAAGAGGUGGGAAGGGAGAAACUGUUGGAGUAUAAUUUCAUCUGAGUUCAAUGUUACAAAAACAAAGGGAUGAACCAAAUGGUAUUUAUGGAAACUUACUUUCCAUCUCUUUAAAUACCCCUUAAUAAGUAGCCUCCAAAGACAGUGGGGUUCCUCAUACAGAGAGGUUCCCUUUCCAGAUCCCAGUGCUGCUCUGCCCUCUUGCUUCCUCCCUCCCCCUCCUCUUCCUCAGCCAAGAUGCAAGAAAUUGCUGUUCCAUAAAGAUCAUAAUUGCAGCAGCUGAAGCUAGAGUCACUUCAUGAAUUCACCAGAGACCCAAAGAUCUUUUAUUGGCUCUGGGCUGUGCUCAAUAUCUUUGGCCCCAGAGAGCAGCUUGAAUGACCUGGUUUCCUGGUGUAAAUUGCCCCUGGUGAGACAUUUGGCUUCCCUCAGCUUUCCCAUCAGCUUUUCCCCAUAUAUGUAUCUGUCUCUGUUAGAGGGCAAACAGCUAGACUACUGCUGAGCUGGGACUUCAGUGGGAUUCGAAGCUCUGAUGCAGGAACAACUGAACAAGAAGCCCUGUUUCCUAGGCUGCCAAAGCUCCGAGUGCAUCCUCUUCCAGAACCCACCCAGAGGAAACUGGAGGCUUUGUCAGGUCAGCAGAGCUGCAUGUUGAAGACCACCAUCCUCAGAAGACAAGUUCUUUAUGAAGAGGCAGGGAGAGGGGAGACACACAUGUGACCCUGACUUUAGUAUGGCUUGAUGGAUUCCCCUGAAAACUUCCUAUAUGUAUACUAAAACCAAGGAAGCAUGUUAUUCCCUAAUAGGCAACCCCUGAUGAUUUGUAAAGCCAGAUGGCAGGGCCUAGGGAGCCCCAGCACAAUGAUAUGACGUAGUAUUCCUUUCUGUGAAAUCUAAGGGAAAUUAUUAUUAUUAUUAUUAUUAUUUUUUUUUUUUUUGUCUUUUUCGUGACCGGUACUCAGCCAGUGAGUGCACCGGCCAUUCCUACAUAGGAUCCUAACCCGCAGCGGGAGCGACGCUGCGCUCCCAGCGCCGCACUCUCCCGAGUGCGCCACGGGCUCGGCCCUAAGGGAAAUUAUUCAUCUGAAGCUCUUGAUUUGUUUUUUGAUUUCACAAGCUUCUUUCUCGAAAUCCGAUUGAGGGAAUGUGGUGCCAGGCAAGUAGGUCAGUUCACCUAGUGGAAUGGCGGUUCUUGCUCUGCGUUCCAGGCCUUGUUCUAGAAAUCCAGGCUCUUUCUAGAGACCCCAAAGGUGGGGAAAAAUGGACUUCCUCUGAAGUCCUCUUACUUCAGCAGUCCAUACUGCCCCUGGCUAACCCCCAGCAAUAGCCAACAAGUGGUAGAAAGCGCCACCUAGUGCUUUUUUCCACAUAUGGUUCUGCAUAGUUUGUGGAAACCAAGACCUUGAGGAAGACAAGGAAAGACCUCCUCCCCUCUCCACAGCCCCACCUCUUCUCCUUUGCACCUGUGAAUGCCAGAGUUCAGUGUUUAAACAGACAAAAUAUAAAGUAUUGAGUAGGUGGUUCGUUUGCCGAAUCCACUUGGUAUGAACAAGCUACCAGCUUUACAGUGCGCCUGAUGGAUUUUUAAACAUUCUUGGGCACCUACUCGAGUGCUUUUUUUAUCACCUUCUGGAAAUCCUCAGAGUUGGAGGGGUCCCUGGAGUUCCUCUGGUCUAGAGAGAAUUGGUGGGAUCCCUCAGUACAGUGUCCCCAACUAGUGGAGGGAGAGAGGAAUUCAGUCAUAUGGGUCCAACAGAAAUGGGUCUCCAGAAUAAAGAUUAAAGAAGAGUUAUGGGUAGGAAGAUGAAUCAUUUAGACUGGAGUGAGCCCAAGAAAGCUGCACCAGCAGAGGCAUCCCAGGAACCUGUUAGCAAAGCCAGGUUGGCCAUGUGCGCUUUGAUUUUGAAUCUUAUGGGUCCCUACUUACCGUCUGCCAGGAGCUGGGGCAGGAGAAUCGACUUGGGACUCACCACCCCUCCACAGGCUCACCACCUCACCCCUCUGCCAAGGCAGCUUUCCUCUCUUUUGUGUGUGUUUUCUGUGUUCUCCACCUCCACCCUCCUCCUACCACCCUCCUCCUACCACCCUUGUGGACUAGGACCAGGUCCUGACCACAGUCAGAAAAUGACAAUAUGUACAGUGGCACACCUUGACCAGUCACUAAUUUUCACUGUUGUGAAAGUGAUUUGAUUUAGAAUUAAACAAAUGGUUUUACAUUA